AUGGCGAUUCUACAAGAACAGAAUGAAGCGAUAGCCCAAAAGAGGAGGUUGGCAAAGCAGAAAGAAGAGGCACGAAGAUGCAGACUGAAAAAGCUAAAAAAGGAUCGGAAGGCUUUAACGGUGCUUUUGGGAAGAUGGCAUAAGAACAAAUUUGGUGACAUGGAUAAGAAAAUUCAGCGCUUUAAGGAGGAGAUCAGGAAGAUAGAUAAGUUGGCAAGAAAUGGAGUUUAUGAUGGUACAGUGGAGGCUAGAAGGAAGGCUUUAGUAAGCUGCUACAAGCAGUGGCAUGUGAAGGAUAUGGAUAAGAACACUAGGUACUUCCAUAACUUGGCAUCGGCAAGACAAAGGAACAAUAGAAUUGAUGCUCUGGUAAUUAACGGAAGGUUAAUAAGAAAUCAAGCUCGAAUCAAGAUUGCUAACGGAGAGUUUUAUAAAUAUUUGCAUCACCAAGAGAGAUCACCGGUUGUGGGUUUUAGGGACGAACAUGUUAAUCAGAUUGAUGAAGAAGAUUCGGUAGCUCUAGAGAGAAUACCGACAAUGGAGGAGAUUAGAGAGGCAGUUUGGGAUUGCGAAUCAUCUAAGGCUCUAGGAAGUGAUGGGUAUAACAUGAAUUUCAUUAAGAAGUUCUGGGAUGAGAUUGGUGCAGAGUUCAUGACAAUUAUACUGGAUUUCUUUUGA